AUGUCAAAUCAAAGAAACCUGCAGUAUGGUAUUGCGGCGGCAUUAGGUGGAGACGAUAAUACACUCAACAUUCAACAUACGAGCGGUAUAAUAUCCGCUCUUCCCUUCCCUCCAACUGACCAGGCUUUGAAUUUGGCCUUGAAUUCAUUAUGCUCGACAAAGGGAAACUUUCCCCUAGAUGCAUUUAAACUUUAUCGGGAACUAUUUCUAGAACACUUACAAUCUCAAGGAGUACAAUUAUCUGACUCAACAUCCAUAAUACUGGAUGCUUGGUCAAAGGAACCCACGAAUGUCAAAACCUUUUAUUUAGGGCAGUGUUCUAGAAAUA